GUUCCUUUAGAACAUGACCUCCAAUAUACCAAAGCGUCACACCAGCUAUUUUUAUAUUCUCUCACAUUCACACUCACACUCACACUCGUACUCUCACUCUCCUACACACACACAGACACACUCCGACUAUCAAUUAUCACCGACAUUUUCCGACGAUACUCCGAUGGCCGUGGAUGAAUUUACUAGAUCAGUUCAGGCGGGACUACAGCUAUCCAAACGGAUUAGUUACGGAAAAGAUAAAGCGUCCAUGACUGUUCCGAAGGCGCCGUCCAUGAAGAAGUCGUUGUCGUCAUGUUCGUCGUCCUCGUCGUUGCGGUUGCCGGAGAAUCACCGUCCGACAGCGCCGAUGGUUUACGCGGUGAUAUCUGAUCCUUCUGUUGUUGAUAAUCCGGAUAUUUGUAGCUAUCAGCCGUAUGUGUAUGGGCAUUGUGAUCCGCCGGCGCUGGUUCCGCUACAUAUGCAUGGAAUUACGAUGGAAGUUGACUGUUAUUUGGACACUGCGUUUGUUACAGUUACCGGAACUUGGCGCGUUCAUUGCGUAACUUCAAUGUCAUGUUGCGAUUGCAGAAUCGCGAUUCCUAUGGGCGACCAGGGUUCAGUUCUAGGUAUUGAGGUGGAGAGCACAAGAAGAUCAUAUUCUUCCCAAUUCAUAACUCCACAAAAUGAAAAAGAUGUAGAAAAAGUAACAAAGACAAAUAACGGCUCUCUAAUGAAAGGCAACACUUACAUGUUCAAAAUUCCACAGGUUGAUGGAGGAUCAAAAAUCCAUGUUACCAUUAAAUGGUCUCAGAAAUUGUUAUAUCAACAUCAUGAGUUCUGCCUCAGUGUGCCUUUCACUUUUCCUGAUCAUGUUCUUCCAGUGGUGAAGGGAACUUCUAAUAAGGAAAAAAUCCUGCUAAAUGUCAACUCUGGUACAGAUACAGAAAUCAUCUGCAAUUAUUCUAGUCAUCCUUUAAAGGAAACAAAACGAAAGUCUGGUGAAUUAAGCUUCUCAUAUGAGGCAGAUGUUAAAAGAUGGUCAACUGAAAACUUCUUCUUUUCUUACUCUGUGUCUUCAGAGGAUAUUUUAGCUGGAUUGUUACUGCAUACUCCAUCUCUUCAUGAUUAUGAUCAAAGAAAUAUGUUUUGCUUCUAUCUUUUCCCUGGGAGUAACAAAAUUUCAAAGCCUUUUAAAAAGGAAGUAGUGUUUCUAAUAGACAUAAGUGGAAGCAUGCAAGAUGAGCCUCUUGAGAAUUCAAAAGCUGCAUUGAUAAAUUCCCUCUCAGAGCUUAAUCAAGAAGAUUCCUUUAACAUCAUAGCCUUCAAUGGAAACAUCAAAUCAUUCUCAUCUUCAUUGGAAUCAGCAACUGAUGAAAGAAUCACAAAUGCCAUUGAAUGGAUGCAUAAUAAUCUCAUUGCUGAAGGAGCCACAAACCUCCUACUUCCUCUAAAACACGCAUUUGAUAUGGUUGGGAAAUCGGGUGAAUCAAUUCCUUUCAUUUUUCUCAUUACUGAUGGAGCUGUUGAAGAUGAAAAAGAUAUUUGUAAUAUAAUGAAGGAUCAUCUUUUGGAUGGAGGGAUUAAUUCUCCUAGAAUUUUCACAUUUGGCAUAGGUUCAUACUGCAAUCACUACUUUUUACAAAUGCUUGCACAUAUGGGAAGAGGAUGCCAUGAUGCUGCAUAUGAUGUAGAUUCAAUCAGUGAUCGUUUACCACGACUGUUGAACAACGCCUCAUCUCAUGUACUUGCAAACAUAACCAUUGCUGGUCUAGAAACUCUUGAGUCGCAUGAGUUAUACCCUUUUCGUAUUCCAGACUUUUAUGGAAAUCCAUUAAUUGUAUCGGGUCGAUACCAGGGGACCUUUCCAGACAUUGUUAAAGCUAGAGGCUUCAUAGCUGAUAUGAGUUCUUACAAGAUUGAUGUCAAAGUUAGAAAAACAAAGGGCAUACCUUUAGACAGGGUUUGUGCGAGAAGGGAGAUUGAUACGCUAACAGCUAAUGCAUGGUUAGCGCAAAAUAAACAACUUGAGGAGAAAGUUGCUAAAAUGAGCCUACAAAUCGGAGUUCCUUCCGAAUACACUCACAUGAUUCUAAUUCAAGGCGACAAAGUAAAGCCACCUAUGGAUUCAGUUCUACCAGAAGAGGAGUAUUCGAAAUUGGAGAAUCAUAAGAUUAUGUAUCUGAGCAAUUUAAGCGUUGGAUUUGGUAACGUGAUGGCGAGUGUUGAUAAUUUGGCGCCGGGAAUAGAAGAGGUGAAGCUGAGUGAGCCAGCCGGAAUGAUGAUGCAGGCGGCUUCUUCUUGCUACGGCGUCGUUCUGGAUCGAUGUUGUUGUGUGAGUGUGUUACGGUGUUGUUCUCGAAUGAAUGAUCAGUGUGCGAUUGCGCUGACGCAGUUGUGUACGGCGCUUGCGUGUUUUGAGUGCUUGAAUUGUUGUUGUGAAGUAUGUGAUUCGUGUGGCGACUUGUGUCACUAGAGAGUAGAAUGAUUAGGUCAGAGAAAUAAAUGAAGACAAAGAAAGAAUGUGUAUUAUAUGGUGCGGAAUGAUUAUGUAUGAUUUAUCUGUAUUGUAGAUAUCUACUUUUAUGCA